AUGGCUUCCUGUUUCUUGGUUCAAUGUCUCUUCUCGAUUCUUCUCAUGAGCUUCUAUCAGAUUUCUAUUGCCGCAAAAGACGAUAGAAAGGCGAGAGAUUGUUUAGUCAGAAGCUAUGGAAGAAGUUUCAAUGGUUUUGUCGCAAAUCUCACUAGAUCUGAAAGUGAUAAGCUUAUUGGUAGAGAAGGUGUAGUUUCAGUAUUCCCAAACGAGUUUUUGCAGCUUCAAACGACAAGAUCUUGGGAUUUUAUGGGAUUUGGUGACAAUAUCAUACAUGUCCCCAAGAUCGAGAGCGAUAUAAUAAUUGGUGUGAUCGAUGGUGGACUUUGGCCUGAAUCUCCGAGUUUCACAGACGAUGGAUUCGGACCGCCACCGCAAAAAUGGAAGGGCACUUGCGCAGGAGGGCAGAACUUCACCUGCAACAAAUAUUCUUAUCAUUUAAGGCCAUACAGAAUGAACUGCAUAUUCUUAUCAUAUGCGAUAUCGAAGGUUUUCUUAGGUAAGGAUACAUUGGAGCUGAGGUAUUACCCCGAAGACUAUAUCAUCGACAAAUUUGUGUCACCUUCGAUGUCAUUUUUGUUGAGGACCGCACGGGAUGAGCUACUCGAAAUAGGGAUCAAGAGGAUCCUUUCUGAAGUUGCAGAUCCACCGAAAAAAGUUGGAGGAGUUAGUCUACUAUAUCAUGUUAUGAGGGGUUCUGGUAGUACAGUAGAAGUUAUGAGUUCAACAUUGCAAAGAAUAUGCGAGGAUUAUAAAGCAGAAGAAUUAAGUGUUAUGUGGAACUGCUUGUAUCAAGAAACAAAAGAAGCAAUCAUAAACAAAAAUUCAGCUCACUUAAGCCGACUAUUGACUGUGAUUACUUCAGCUGUUAGGGUUGAGAAAGGUCUCAAGGUUUAUGAUUACCCCUAUUUGGUUGGACUCGUAAGCGAGAUUAUGUCAUCUGACACCGUUGUUCUCGAUAAACUUCUGGGACUGAUGUUAUGCACCAUUGACAAACCCAAUGUUGUCAAUGAAAUGGAGUCCAUUGCUUCACAAUGGUCCCCUAUUUUCUCCUUGAAGAGUUUAAGUGACUAA